AUGAACGAGCUUCAGCUGGCGGCAGAGCAGGAGAGGCGACAGGCGGAGAUGAUGAGAGACACGUUGGAGCAGCAGAAUUUGCUGAUGAACGCGAUGGAGAAGCGACUGCAUGCGGUGGAGACAGCAGAGGCAUCGAUUCUCCAGCAUGGAGCGUCUCAGGUCCAGUACCACGUGACGCACAGGAGGGAGAUGGAGGUGAAGCUGCUGGAGCUAGAGCAGGCCAUCCGUGUGAUGAGGAGCGCGGGGGAGGAGGCGAACAAGGGGACGGAGGAGGCGGUCAGGGAGAUGCUUGCGAGCAACCAUCACACCCUGCAGGAGAGGAUGAGGCAGACGCUGCAUGCCCUCCAGCUCGACCUCAACAGCGUCCAGCAGGAGAUGGAGGAGAGGGACUCAUCGCUGCUUGUCAAGAACCAGGCGGAAGGGAACGCACGGGAGCAGCAGCAGCAGCUAGUGAGGAAAGAGACAGAGGCCAGGCUGACAGACUUGCACUCGAGGAUGAACGAGCUGAUCCGAACGGUGGAGCAGAGCGAGCGAACGACGAUGCAGCGACUGGAGGAGAUGAGCGCGAGGACGGAGGAAGCGGUCAGGAGGCUGGAGGUUACAGCCGGGGAGCAGGAGGAGCACAAUAGUAGGACGAUGAAGCAGGUGAGGCUAGAGCUGCGGCGGCUGUCGGAGGAGGCGACAGAGGGCUGGGCAAAGUCCAGCUCCUACCUGGAGGAGGUGGUCCGCGCGGAAAUUCGAGGGAGGAUGAAGGGGCAGGAGGAGCUGGGGCAGAGGCUCGCGUUUCUGGAGGCAGAGGCAGGGAAGGAGGGGAGGAGGGAGGAGGGCGGGGAGGAGACGGCGACAGCAGCGAGCUUGAAGCUGCUGCAGGCUAAGAGCAACUCGCACUCGAAGAGCAUCAAGAGCAUCCUCGCUGACCUCACGCAGGAGGUGAAGCAGCGGGAGGAGGCGGAGCAGGAGGCGUCGAGGAGGAUGGUGGCUGUGGAGGAGGAGGUGGACGAACUGAGGAUGAUGGUGAGGAGGGGAGCUAUGUCCGGCAUGCAGGAAGGGAGGGACUUGCUGGAGGUGAUGGACAACAGGGUGAAGGCGCUGGAGAACGGGAGGGACGAGCUGGCGAGCAUGCAAGAGGCCGUGGGGUCGCUGGCGAGUAGCUUGAGGAGGGAGCUCGAGCUGCAGAGCGACAGGAUCUCCCAGCUGGACCAUGACCUCAAGGCGGCGAGGACGGAGAGCAGAGGCAGCAGCAGGCAGGUGGAGAGCAGGAUCAAGAGCGUGGAGGAGGCGGCGGAGGAAGGGGAGCGGAGGGUCAACAUGAGCCUGGAGCGUGUGAAGGAGGAGCUGGCGAGGGCGUCGGAGAGGAGCGGGAGGAGAAUCGAUCAGCUUGAGGAGAGCGUUCACGAGGGGAGGGCGGCGGCAGACGUGUGGAGCAGCACCGUGUCGCAGCGAUGCCAGGAGGUGGAGAGGAAGAUGGCGAAGCUUGAGCGAGACUUGUUCGCAUCGUCGAGCGGGUCCCGAGGGCUCGAGCAGGUCGAGAAGGAGAGCCGAGGAUAUGGAGAGCGCGAAAGAUUCGAGGCGGGGGGAGGAGGAGGAGGAGGAGGAGGAGGAGGAUCGGAAUCAGGAGGAGUCGUUGGAGAUCUGAACGCCAAGUUGAGCAAAACUCGUGACUUCCUCCUCAAGAAGUUGGAGGAGCUUCAAGUGCAUCAGAGUCGCCAGGACGAGAGCCUGCAGAAGUACAGGAUGGAGAUCGAGGACGCGGCGAGCAGGGUGGGGAGCAGGGUGGAUCAUGCUCUGACGGAGCUGCGCGGCGACACGACAGUGCUGCACAGGCAGAUGGAGGAGGAGAGGAAUCUGAACCAGCAGCAGCUGUCGGAUGUUCGCAAGACGAUCCAGGCGUUGCAGGAGGAGAUGAACUCAAACUUGCGAGCGGAGGUGGACAGGAGCGAGGAGGAGGAGCGGAGGAGGCUCCAGGCGAUCGCCAGCAGGGUGCAGAGCCUGGAGGAGGAGGUGAAUGGAGAGGAGGGAGUCAAGUACAGGAUCGACAUGCUUGCGAUCAGACUGGAUGAGCAGAACGUCGAGCUGGUGUCUGAGUUUCAGCGGCAGCAUGCUCUGCAUCUGGAGCUGGUGAACGACAUCAAGGUCGAGCUAGAGAAGCAGCAGAGAAGGAUGGAGGAGGGGAAGGAGGCUGCGGCAGCGGUGUUUGAGCAGGCCAGGGAGGAUAUGGCAGCACAACGGGUGGAGAUAGAGGAGAGCGUGAAGAAGGUGGGCGAGCAGGUGGGGCAGGUGGAGGAGGAGGUGGCGAAGGUGAAGGAGAUGAUCGGGGAAGUGGAAGGGAGCUUGAGAACCUCGCAGGAGGAAGGGCUCCGAGAGGUGGAGGAGGACAUGAAGCAGAUCCGUAAGGUGCUGGAGGUGACUAGGACGGAGCUAGAAGCGCUGGCUCGGGAGGAGGAGUGCAGGCACGUGAUGGAGGGUAUGGUGUCCUCGCUCGUCGUCAAGGAGCAGGAAGCCUUGCUCCGCUUUGCCAUCGAGGACGCUAAGGCCGUUGCCGCCGCCUCCGUGGAAGAGCUGGGGAGGGAGUUGCUGGAGAGGAGAAUUCCCCCGCUGAUCAAGGAGGAGAUGCAGGAGACGGUGACGCUGAAGCUGCUUCCUCUGUCGCAGGACUUGCGAGAGGUGGAGGUGAACCUGUCGGAUCAUGAGGUGCAAGCUCAGAACCUCCGGGAGGACGUGGACAGGAGGGUGGAUGUCCUUUCAGACCGCAUCGAGCUCGCGCUUGCAAACUUGCAGACUACAAGCAGCGCUACGGUCACGGCCCAGGAGAAGAUGGGGGAGCUUGGGGGGAAGUUGGCGCAGAUGGCGGAGGAGGUGAAGAGAGCAGGGCAGAGGAGCGAGGACGAGGCCGUGAGGGGGAAGGUGGACGACUUGCUGAUGGCAGUUGAAAUGCUCCACGGGCAGGAGGGCAUGCGGCAAGAGCUGUCGCUCCGUGUUCAGGCCCUGCAGGCGUCGGUGGACGUCUUGACCAAGGCAGUGGAGCCAUUCGAGGAGCUGAGGAGGAGCAUGCAGAGCAGCACGGAGGAGGUCAGAAGCAUCAAGACAAGGAUCGAAGAAGUGGACAAGAUCGUGGAGUCGUUGAGCGAGAUUGUCAUGGACGAAGGAGGGAAGAAGGGGGCGGAGGAAACGUCGAGCGAGAAGGAUCUCGAUGCUGCCAGCGAGGGGGACGAGCUCGUGGACCCUUCCGUGUCACAACUCGAGCCGGUUAUGGAGGAGGAAGAGCAAGCAAUGGAUGAUGAAGCGAAAGAAGGGCAGGCAGAAGAGGUACUAGCAGCUGUACAGGAGGAAGCGGCUGGCGAGCAGGGAAAAGCUUCUCAGGAGGAGGUCAAGGAAGGGAGGGAGGAAGGGAAAGAGGAGGAAGGGAAAGAGAAGAUCAAUCAGGAGGAGAAAGCGCUGGAAGGGAAAGAAGGGACUGAGCCCAACUAG